CUAAGCGAUGUGGCCGAGGAGAAAUGGUCCGCCAUGUGUACUGUAUGACCAACAAUAAAGGCAUGUAUCUCGACGACAGCGAGUGUGAGACUAGUAAAAAGCCUGCAACCAUUGCCACAUGUGUCAAAAUGGCAUGCCCUCAACCUCAGUGGUUCGUCCACGAUUGGACUCAGUGUGCUGGCCGUUGUGAGGAAGGAUGGCAACGACGUCAGGUCGAGUGUAAAACCCACGAUGGCGAUAGGAGUGAACAGUGUGAUCCGAACAGUCGUCCUAUAGAUGCGAGGAGGUGUGACAUGUCGUGCGAGGAGGAGCUAGCUACACAGGAUGAAUGCAUUGACAACUACAAUUUUGCGUAUUGUCCGCUGGUGUUGAAGUUUCGAUUUUGUGACAGAGAAUAUUUCUUGAAGAUGUGCUGCAAGACUUGCCAUAUAUCCGGUGCUGCCGGCUACAGUUGAUAUUAAAGCACUUGUAGGUCGAACAUUUACAUAACCAGUUAGACACUGUGAAAGAUAUGUAUUUUGUCGUACUACUUCUUAAUUUAAAUCUAUAAAACUGUAUCAUUGUAUACGUUUGGGUCUUGGCUGAUUUUCAUGUUAUUUUUUUCUCAUAAUAAAUUUA